AUGGCCAAGCAGCCCCCCGAGGUGAAGGCGCGACGCGACGGCGAGGGCGGGCGGCUGCCGGCGGCCGAGGGGGGGCCGGGCCCGGGCGCGCAGCUGCGCCCCGGCGCUCCCGCCGCCCUGCCCGGGGCCGGCAGCGGGAACGGGAACGGCUCCGGCGCGGCCGCGGCGCGGGGCCCGCCCGCCAGCCCCGGCCCCUUCGCCACCCGCUCGCCGCUCUUCAUCUUCGUGCGGAGGUCGCCGCUGCUGCCGCGCUCCUCCAGCGGGUACUUCUCCUUCGACGCCGAGCGCAGCCCCGGGCCCCUGUGCUGCGACAAGGCCACGCAGACCCCCAGCCCGCCCUGCCAGGCGCUCAGCCACUGCCUCAGCGCCAUGGCUUCCCGGUGGCACUCGGUGGCCGAGGACGUGCAGCCCGAGGUCUGGAUCGCGCAGGAGCUGCGGCGCAUCGGGGACGAGUUCAAUGCCUCCUAUUGUCCACGAAGGGGUUUCUGGGAUCACCAGGUGGGAAACCCCCAGGUCGUCAUCCUGCGCCUGCUGCGUUACAUCGUCCGCCUCAUCUGGAGGCUGCAGUGAGCGCCCGGCGCACCCCGGGAGGCUCCAGGACUUGUUUCCUCGCUGGGAAAGCCCGGGAAGGAAUGGACAGACGGAUGGAUGUGGGACUCCCACCCUGCUUCUCCCCCAGGACACGUGGCAGGACGAGGGUGUUCGUCCCACGCCGACCUGCCGGGCUCCGGUGCAGUGUUUUUAUCCCAGAGUGGUGUUUACUUAGUGUUUCAACUUUUAUUACUUUUUUUUUUUAUCAUCAUUUUUUUUUGUUUUUUUUUUUUGUCCCGAAAGAGUCUCAGCGAAAACGUGGGAUAAUUUGUUGUCAUCGUUCCUGGAAUCCUCUGGGGAAACCUGAGCCAACUGAUGGGCGAGAGACUGAGAUUCCUCCCCUCUCCCUUUGCCUCCAGGGCAUUUGCCCGCCAAAAAAAAAAGGCUGGAAGAAGGGCAGAGGGCUUUAAAUCAGCACUUCUUUUACCUGUAAAUACCUAAUGCUACCCCAGAUCCACUUUUUUGCAUCAUGCAAAUCGCCUAUUUCCUGCUGACUGAUGAUUUUUUAUUUUUAUUUUUUUUUGUAGUUUUUAUAUUUCUCUCUUUUUUUUUUUUAUACACUCUGAAGAAUUUUUCUCAAGACUUCGCUGUCGAACUCCAGGGUCCAAACCAUCACAAACCAACCAACCAACAAACCCCGAUCCACCAGGUUGCCUUUUUUUUUUUUUUUUUUUUAAGAGAAAGUCUUUCUUAUAAAACGUGUGAAAACGCUUCCUUAGUGUAAAAUAUAAUAUAUAGAAUGGGGGGGGGACACACACUGAGGAAUUCAGCAAUAAAACAUCCCGGAGGCAGGAGGAGCAAGCUCCCAGGACCCACCACGGCGGAGUUGUUCUCAAAGCUCACAGGAGGGGUUUUUCCAAGGUGCUGGACCGUGUCUUCCUGGGAUCCUCUCCGUGUUGGCACAGAGGGAUGAUGAGCGGGUGCCUGUGAAGCCCCCACUGGAUGCAGCUGGAAGGAGCCAGCCUGGCAUGGACCCACUGCAGGACUUGCCACGGUGGGGGGGUCUGUCCCCACCUCGCAGGGAAUGAUCUCCCCUUCCACCCGGACAUGCCACGGCCAUGGAAGACCCAGGUGUGUGUGUCCCGUUGCCUCCGGUGGACCUCGGAUGUUUUUUUGGGAGAAGUGGCUGCUCCGGCCACCCCGUAUCUAUGCACAACCCUCCCCACCCGCCCACCUCGUGCCCCUUCCCCUCUGGAGGGUGCAGGUGGUCCCACUCCCCCCACGUCCCGACGCCGUGCGAGGUCAUUUCUGGUCUCACCGGUUUUCGCCGGCGCCAUAGGAAAAGG